AUGAAAAACAAGGUCUAUAUAUUAUUGGACGAUAAAUUAUUUAAAUUAAAAGAGCUAUAUUUUUGUGUCAUAUGCUCAAAAAUUAAAAAUGAGUUUAAUCUGAGAAAUGAAAUUGAGUAUUACUAUUGUAACAGUUGUACACAAAUAUACACAAAAAGUGAAUCAGCAGUUUAUUCUUAUGAGUGUUUACGAUGUUUUAAAUGUCCCUUUUGCUUUAGUUGCCUAACAAUAUCCCAAAACCUUUUUGACAAUUCAAUUAAGAGCAUACUUAAUAUUGAGCACGCAAAAGGUAGUAAUUAUGCAGAUCAAAAGGAUGAGAGAAGUGAAUUAAAUAAUGUGAAUGCCCUAAAUUAUGUGAAAGAUGAGAACUACACGAAUGAUACAUGUAGUGUAAAUUCUCCCCCAUUAGAUAUGUGCACCUACGGUUAUACAAUAAAGGAUAAUGCCAAAAAAAUUGUUUGUAAAGAAAGUAACACAUUAAAUGACGACUCCUCACAUGACAAAAACAGUAAUGUAUUAGAAGAAGAAAGAAUAAUGAAUAGUAGCUUCCCUAAAUUUUUUGAAAAAGGAAAAAAUAUUUUUUAUUUUAAGUGUCCAUACUGUUUAUGGUCAUCUAUUAACACUCUCUAUAACACCAAACUAGACGAAUUAAUUGGAGAUAUGAUACUCAUUGAAAAAAAUUGCAUAUUUAAAUGUUUCUUUAGAAAUAUAUUAAAUGAAUUAAUAAAAAGUAAUGAGGAACUGAAGGAAAAAAAAGUUCUUAAAAAAACAGCUCUAAAUAUAACCAUGCAUAAGAUAGAAAAUAUGAGCUCGUUCAAUGAGGUACAUUAUUACAAAAAAUCAAAUGAAUCUAUAAAUAAUAAAGAAAAAAUAGGGGAAUUCUUAGGUAGAAGGGAAGAAGAAAAUUCCUCAUUAAUAUGUAAAUCAAAUAUAAAGAUAGACAAAAUAACUUUAAAGGAUAUUUUAAAUGCUGAGCAUAUUAAAGAUUAUGAAAAAUAUCGUGAUAUUUUUGAGUUAGAAAAUGAAUACGUAAAAUAUUUAGAUCCGAUAGCUUAUCGUAGUCAGGCGGGUUUAGAUGAAAACAAAGAAACAUGGGGUGGGAAUACCACUCAAAAUAUAGAUCAUAUAAAUGGGAGAGACAAAAAUGAUAAUCUAAAUAGGGCUUUCAAAAAAAAUGAUGAAAUUGAAGCUGUUGAAAAGGACGAAACAAAUAGAAUAAGUAAAGAAGUCAAAGCAAAUAAAAUGCAAGAAGAGGAUGAAAUAAACAAAACGUGCAAAGAAAACGAGGUAAACGAAACAUGCAAAGGUGAUCACAAAAUGGGCAAGUCAAAAAACAGAGAUAUUAGCAAUUUAAUUAUUCACAUAAAGAAUUAUCUAUCUACUGAACAUAUGCACGACUACCCGUAUAAUUUUUAUAAGGGCAUUAGUGCAUUAAAACCUUUGAGAACAAAAUUAUUAAGCAAAAAUUCAAAGAGAUGUUCUACUUGUAAACAGUACAUACUGAAGCUUCAUAAUUCUAAUUUAUCUUCAUCAUUUCGAUUAAAUAAUAAUGCUAUGAAAUUUUUACCCAGAAUUUAUAUUAAUGAUUUUAGAAUAAUAAAAAAAGAACAUGGUGUGCUGAAUUUUAUUUUGAUAAAUCCUCUGGGCGUAGAAAUGAAUAUAAAAAUAAUACCAAAAGUGGAAUAUAACUUUCUAAAAAAAUUAGACACAAAUAAAAUACCUAAAAACUGUACAUCCAAAUCGAACUCGUUCGAAUUUGUAUUGGACACCUAUGAUGAAGUGAUAGAUGACUUACUAAAAAAUGAAAACACAGCUAUUAAAACUGUUAUAAGAAGCGAAUAUAUGAUUAUAAAGAAACAGAAUAAUAUGGCCUUAAUAAUCAUUAGUUUUAAUUAUACUGAUAACCAUGUUUUAGGUAAGGAAUAUUAUAAGGAAGAAAAGGAACCCAGCAAGAUAAAUGUGCAGAAUGAUGGUAAUAGUUGUAAUAACAACUGUAGUAGUAAAAAUAUUUUUACGUGUAAUGAUUUAAGUAGUAAUAAUAAUAAUGAUAAUGACGCAAUAAUGGAUCAAAAAACAAAAUUAAAUUUCCCAUUAACUGUCGAGUGUUCCUUUUCAGAUAAGUCAAAAAAAGUGCAUAAACUGCAGUUGAAUCUCGUUUUUACAAAUAACAUUAGCACCAAAAAGUUUCAUCAUUAUUCUCUUAAUGACUGA